CUACCGGAGCUGGGACCCGCGGCGCCUAAAGAUGCUGAAGGGGGUCUGGUUGCUCAGCGUCUUGACAGUGGCUGGGAUCUCGCCCACGACCGAGAGCCGCAAGCCCGCCAAAGACAUUUGCAGCCGGAGUCGCUGCCCCUGCGAGGAGAAGGAGAACGUGCUGAACAUCAACUGCGAAAAUAAAGGCUUCACCACCGUCAGCCUGCUGCAGCCGCCCCCCUCCAAGAUCUACCAGCUCUUCCUCAGCGGCAACGCCCUCACCCGCCUGCACCCCAAUGAGUUUGUCAACUAUUCCAACGCCGUGACCCUGCACCUGGGCAACAACGACAUGCAGGAGAUCCGCACCGGGGCCUUCAGUGGCCUGCGGACCCUCAAGAGGCUGCACCUCAACAAUAAUAGGCUGGAGGUGCUGCGGGAGGACACCUUCCUGGGCCUGGAGAGCCUGGAAUACCUGCAGGCCGAUUACAACUACAUCAGCGCCAUCGAAGCCGGGGCCUUCAGCCAGCUCAACAAGCUGAAAGUGCUCAUCCUCAACGACAACCUCCUGCUGUCCCUGCCCAGCAACGUCUUCCGCUUCGUCCUGCUCACCCACCUGGACCUGAGGGGGAACAGGCUGAAGAUGUUGCCGUUUGCCGGCGUCCUGGAGCACAUUGGUGGGAUCAUGGAGAUCCAGCUGGAGGAGAACCCUUGGAACUGCACCUGUGACCUGCUCCCCCUCAAAGCCUGGCUGGACACCAUCACCGUCUUUGUCGGGGAGAUCGUCUGCGAGACGCCCUUCCGGCUGCAUGGGAAAGACGUGACCCAGCUCACCCGGCAAGACCUCUGCCCUCGGAAAAGUUCCAGUGACUCUCACCAGAGGGAAAAGCAUCCUUCCAACUCAGACACGCACAUCCAGAGGCUCUCACCGACGGCCAACCCUGCCAUCAGCCCCACCAGAGCCCCAAAAGCCAGCCGGUCACCCAAAAUGAGGAACCGUCCAACGCCUCGGGUUACGGUGUCAAAAGACAGGCAAAUUUUCGGACCUAUCAUGGUUUACCAGACCAAGUCCCCUGUGCCCAUCACCUGCCCAAGUGGCUGUGUUUGCACUUCACAAAGCUCUGACAAUGGUCUAAAUGUGAACUGCCAAGAGAAAAAGAUCAGUAACAUCUCAGAUCUCCACCCCAAACCCACCAGUCCAAAGAAACUUUACCUUACAAGUAACUAUCUACAGGUUGUUUAUAAAACCGAUCUCCUUGAAUAUAGCUCUCUGGAUUUGUUACAUUUAGGAAACAACAGGAUCGCAGUGAUACAGGAAGGUGCCUUUAUAAACCUCACCAGUUUACGCAGACUUUAUCUCAAUGGCAAUUACCUUGAAAUUCUGUACCCUUCUAUGUUCAAUGGACUGCAGAGCUUGCAGUAUCUCUACUUAGAGUAUAAUGUCAUUAAGGAAAUCCUGCCACGCACCUUUGAUGCUCUGAGUAACCUUCAUCUAUUAUUUCUGAACAACAACUUGCUGAGGUCUUUGCCUGAUAAUGUGUUUGGUGGUACUUCCCUCACGAGGCUCAAUCUGAGGAACAACCACUUCUCACACUUGCCUGUGAGAGGAGUCCUCGACCAGCUCUCGGCUUUAAUUCAGAUAGACCUCCAAGAAAAUCCUUGGGAUUGCACGUGUGACAUAAUGGGGCUCAGGAACUGGAUUGAGCAUGUCACUGAGCAGAACAAUCAGCAGUCAAGUCCCCCUGUAGUUAUCAAUGAGGUGAUAUGUGAGUCUCCAGCUAAGCACUCAGGAGAACAUCUGAAAUUCCUGAGCAAAGAGGCCAUCUGCCCGGAGAACCCUAACCUGUCAGAUUCUACUCUCUUCUCUAUGAGUCAUAACACAGACACACCACACUCCCUUAGCGUCUCGCCCAGCUCCUAUCCAGAAAUACACACCGAAGUUCCACUCUCUGUCUUAAUUUUAGGCUUGCUGGUUGUGUUCAUCUUGUCUGUCUGUUUUGGGGCAGGCUUGUUUGUCUUUGUUCUGAAACGCCGAAAGGGAGUGCCAAGCGUGCCCAACAGCGCAAACAACUUAGACAUAAGUUCAUUUCAGCUGCAGUAUGGGUCUUACAACAUGGAGAGCCAUGAUAAAACUGAAGGGCACGUUUAUAACUACAUCCCCCCUCCUGUCGGGCAGAUGUGCCAAAACCCUAUCUACAUGCAGAAGGAAGGGGAUCCGGUUGCGUACUACAGGAAUCUCCAUGAGUUUAGCUAUAGCAAUCUUGACCACAAAAAGGAAGACUCAGCCAGCCUUGCAUUUACAAUCAGUGCGGCUGAAUUGCUGGAAAAGCAGUCCUCGCCAAGGGAACCAGAGCUGCUGUAUCAAAACAUUGCAGAGAGGGUCAAGGAACUCCCCAGUGGAGGGGUUGUUCAUUAUAACUUUUGCACCUUACCCAAAAGGCAGUUUGUUCCAUCCUAUGAAUCCAGACGCCAAAACCAGGACAGGAUAAAUAAGACUGUUUUGUAUGGAACUCCCAGGAAAUAUUUUGCAGAACAGUCUAAACCCGAGCAUCCUUUGCUGCAAGGAAAGCUACAAACGGAACCAGACUACCUCGAAGUUCUGGAAAAACAAACUGCAAUUAGUCAGCUGUGAGGGUGGAUUGGGGGGAGGAGGAAGCAUUUUAAAAGGGUCUUAAAUGUCAAACUUGAUUGAUUCAGAACUCUAUACCAAUGUGAUUUGUCACAUUCUCAACAUUUCCACUUUUUAAAUUCUGAAAACAAGCAAACACUAUACUAUGGAGGUAUGGUGUUGCUUUUGCAAAGGUCCCUUUAAGUUAUUUCUACAUCUUUCUUUUUUUCCCCCUCCCCUUAGGAAUUGUCUCUGCAAAUGAAUGUUUCGACAAUAGAUUUUUGCAUAAUUCCCUCUUUUUUUUUUGAGUUGGGAGGAAGGGGGCCUUUUUUUUCUCUUCAAUUUAAAGUGGAAAGGUAAUGUAUUAUGUAGAAGAUCUCCAAAGAUCUUUUUCCUGGACUAUAACUCUUUUUUGUAAAUAAUAUAUACAAUACUGCUGUUUCAAUUACAAG